AUGACCUCCAACGGCCACUCCAACGGCUCAAAUGGCGGCUCAAAGGAGCGUACACCUCUCCGAGCGGGUAUCUACUCGCCCACCAUGACCUUCUUUGACCCAGAAACCGAGGAGCUGGACAUGGCCGCAAUCAAGAAGCAUGCUGUACGGCUGGCUGAAGCUGGGCUUGUUGGUCUUGUCACCAUGGGCUCCAACGGAGAGGCUGUCCACCUGUCGCGAGCUGAGAAGAUUGCCGUCACAAAAGCAACCCGCGAGGCUCUUGACGAGGCUGGAUACCAAAAUGUACCCGUCAUUGUAGGAGCUUCAGAACACGGCAUCAAGCUCACGAUUGAGCUGUGCAAGGAAGCCGAGGCUGCUGGCGGCGAAUACGUCCUCAUCGUUCCUCCAAGCUACUACCGCUAUGCCAUUGACGAAGAGGCCAUCUACGAAUACUUCACAAAGGUGGCUGACAGCUCUCCACUGCCUGUCAUGCUCUACAACUACCCUGGUGCCGUCUCGGGAAUAGAUAUGGACAGUGAUCUUCUCAUCAAGCUCGCCAAGCACCCCAACAUUGUUGGCACCAAAUUCACCUGCGGCAACACUGGCAAAUUGACGCGCGUGGCUCUUGCCACAAACGCACUCUCCACCAAGAGCACCGGUAGCGGGUACAUGGCGUUUGGCGGAAUGGCAGACUUCACCGCACAGACUGCUGCCAGCGGUGGUUCUGGCAUCAUCGCCGGAGGUGCCAAUGUGCUGCCCAAGACAUGCGUCAAGGUCUGGAACUUGAUGGCAGAGGGCAAGUUCGAGGAAGCUUUUGAGCUGCAAAAGGUGCUCAGCAAGGGCGACUGGGUCCUCACCAAAACGGCUAUUCCAGGCACAAAAUCCGCCAUUCAAUCCUACUACGGCUACGGAGGCUACCCUCGCCGGCCACUCAAGAGGCUGCCACAGGCAACCGUCGACGCCGUUGCCGAGGGCAUCAGGGAGGUCAUGGAGAUUGAGAAAAGCCUGUAA